AUGACCCCUAAAAUAUGCCUGCUAAUCAACAAAUGUCGAUUAGUUGGGUUUAACUUUUAAUUUAAUAAUUUAAUUAAAUUAACAAUAAUUGUAAUUAUAAUAACAUUGAGACCAAUAGUGAAGCGAUCGAUGCAUUCAUUAUUACAGAUCUAUGUCUUAAUAAUAAGUGCUUUAAUAUCGACAGCCUUUUCGUCGGAACUGAAGCUACUUUUUGUGAUCCAUAGACACGGAGACCGAACACCCAUUCAAUGUUAUCCAAUGGAUCCGUAUUCUAACGCCAGCUAUUGGCCCGACGGGUGGGGAGAACUGACGCCCGUGGGAAAGAAGCGCAUGUUUGGCGUCGGAAGUUAUCUCAGGAAACGAUACCAACAUUUCCUGUCAGACAAUCCAAGAGAAGUGAGAAUCAGGAGUUCGGGCGCCGAUCGGUGUCUCGAAACGGUUGCUCUCGUGAUGGCCGGUCUCUAUCGACCAGAAGGAAGAUGGCAGUGGAGCGACAAUUUAGGACAUGAAUGGCAACCGUUUCCCAUCCAAACGGAGCCCCGAGAAAUGGACGGGAUGCUGAAUUCUGGCUCUAAAUGUUUGGUCGCCGAACAAGAGUUGACUCGAAUCCACAAUUCUCCAGAAGUUAUACAAUAUGUUAAUCAACGAAAGGCGGUAUUGAAUUACGUGUCGAGUAAUACGGGUCUCAAUAUAACGAAUCUGACGGCCGCUGAAGAGGUAUUCGACACAUUGCUGAUCGAGAAGGAGAACAAAUACGAGUUACCGCUUUGGGUCGAUGAACACACUUAUCACACUUUAAGCCAAAUCUCUGACAUGACUUUUUAUUUUGAUUUCUCCACUAAAUUAAUUCAACGUUUGAGAACUGUCAAUGAUCUCAUUCCCGGCGACUGGAACUCCGAAUGUCAAAACACGGGACUCUCAUUCGCCUCAAAAACAGUUAUGCCGUAUAUGUUUGGAUCGCUUCUAACAUUGGCUGUUAUGGCAUUGAUUUACAUAAUCUAUACAUUCCUGAAGCCCAAGAAUAGAGAAAUUGUGUAUCAAAUGCUUCCGAUCCGGUAGUCAUUGGUUUAGAUGACGGCCACUAAUACUCGCAUUCCUUAUACAUAAUUAAUCAUUUGAUAAUCAAGUCAUUCGUCUCUAUUGUUAAAUAGUGUGUAAUAUAUUGUCAAACAAUCACUUCAACCACAAUAUGAUAUUGUGUUGACGACAAUAAAUGAUUAUUUUGUAACCAUU